GAAAUAGUUGACACUCAGUUUGUCUUACAGUAGGACCUGCACCAUGAGCUGUGACCAGAGCUAUCCGUUCCCACAGGUGUUCCUUGUGAAUGGAGAUGGCAGCCCGCAGCCCUCCACCCAGCCUCUGAGUCUUGUACCCUGCUGGUCUUUCCCACCUGCCCAGGAGAGGGUGAGGAGCCGUGGAAAGAGUCAGGGCUUCAUGGGAGUCAGCCCCUGUCUGGCCUUGAUCGUGCUGUUGCUGUUCCUGCUUGUGUUUGCAGCCCUAGGGUUUGAAGCCUAUCAGAUUUACAACCUGCAGACAGAACUGAGAGAGAUGCGAGAGACUACACCUGAGACAGAGUUUAAUGCAGCUCAGAAGCAAAUCGGUCUCUAUGAAUCUGAGCUGCAUGGAGAAGACAAAGACAACAGACCUGCAGCACAUGUGAUAGGGCGGAUUCAAAAAGAGGUGUUCCACAGGACAUUGCGAUGGGAGUCGAAGGUAGGUCAGGCGUUCAUAUCUGGAGGAGUGUCUUACCUGAUUGAAGAUGGCGGUCUGCAGGUCAACGAGAGCGGACUCUACCACAUUUACUCACGUGUGGAGCUGAUCUUUAAGAACUGUUCCCCCAAAUCCUCGUUUGUCCACUCGGUGUUUGUGAGGAGAACAGGACAUUCCCCACCUCUGACCCUGAUGGAGGCCCACAGAGCAGGUUUCUGCUCUCAGCAGCCGGACCACGCCUGGACCACAGAGAGUUACCUCGGCUCUGCCGUAAAGUUGCAGAAAUAUGACAGAGUUUUUGUGAAUGUAUCGCACCCCGUUUAUCUUAGUCAUGCGCAUUAUGCCAACUUCUUUGGUCUCUACAAGAUCUGAGGAGUUUGGAGUGAUGGGCUUUGUGCUUUAAUGUUUUCUCAAGUGAAAGAAUGUUCCAGACAGGAGUGAAUGAUUCCUAUGACAUAUAAUAACUGCACUGAAAAACAUAAUAUGAUGUUAAAACCCAGGGGAAAUAUUGCACAUUCUCUUUAUUGCCAGCUUUUAAAUUGGUGGUUAAUGGAAGCGAUUUCCACACCUAUUUAUAAACAAAUAUUGUGCCUUUUGUAAAUGUUGAGAGAGUCAGUUAACACUAAGAUGCUGAUUUAGUUGUAGCAUUUUGAAAAUAUUUAUUGUGGUGGUUUUGGUUGGAUCUGACAUUUAUGAAGUCUAAAUGUGUGGUUAUGAAACAGAAAAAGUAUUUUAUGAUGUUUGUUUUGAAGUAAACAAAGAGAUACUUGAAGUUUAUUUCCAUUCGGUGAAACAAGGAAGUGAAGUUUUUCUCAUUGACAUCUAAAGGGUGUCAUGUCUGAGCAGUCUGUCAUGUAAUAAACGCCCACAUGUGUUUUGUUCAUGACCACUGGAAAGUAUUUAGAUAAAGACACCAACUCAGGCUUUACCCUUGAUAAUGAAAGUGAUUUCCAUAUAUUCCACUGAGGGACAACAGAGGUCUAAGACAGAGAAGUGGGUUUUUAUUUUCAAACCUGCCAGUUAAAAUAUCUAAAGCAGCUGAGAUGUGGAUAACAGAUAUUUCUCUUGGUUAAAUGACGGUUUAAAUUUCAGCUUAAAGGUCACAGUGCAGUACACUUGCGUUGUUGCAAAGCUUCUUUUUUUUUCAGUUUAACACCCCUGUCGUGCUGUGUCUUUUUCAGUACACCACAAACACACAUGUUAGUGGAGUGCAAGAAAAUGCACAGGCAGGGCACAGAUGAGGGGGGUAAACAGUGUCAAGUUUGGCUUGUUUCCUUCCUGUGUGAAUAUCUUGAGGGUCUUGCAUGUUUGCAGGUUGAUUUUUUGUGAAAGAGUUUCUGUUUCCUUUAAUUCACAUGGUAAACCUCUGAACUCAUUUAUAGUUAUUUUUGUCUAAAGCCCCCUUAGCGCCGCACAAUAAGAGCUGAAUAAUCCUUUAAACCUGAACAAACCUCUGUAUUUUAGUCAUUUCUGGCUGAACCAGAAAUUACUCACAAACUCUUAGUGGUUACUCAUCCAGGGAAACAAAAGUAGACACCUAACAGAUUUGAUUUGGUCAAGCGUGCAUAACAUAUUUUGGUGUACGGUAUUGGUUCCAAUGAGUGUGUUAGUGCAACAAUUUCAUUUACGAGGGAUGUUGUGUAUAACUCAAUUGGUGAAUCUUGUCCAUUCAUUUUUCUUUGUUGCUGGGCUACAGAGGUCUUUCAGCACAGAACACGACAUUUCAGAAAGCAAAUGAGCAAAAUAAAAAAAGCAGCCUUUCACAAAGCGAAUGAGUUGUUAAUUCGUUAAGUGUACAUGUUCUGUUAUGUUUCCAGAGGUCCACUCCACGAUGCGGAUUGACUACACAAGUUAUCUAGGCAAUUUUUUUGACUAAUGCCACAGAUUUGUAAGUGUUCACUGUCUAACUCAGCAGCAUCAUUAAAAUAACUCAAU